GGACGGUCGGAAUAUCUCAGAAAUGGCAUUGCGCACUAUGGAAAGUACUAAAGCACCAUCUGCGCGACAGGCAGCCGCAAAAACAGAAUCGCGGCCAUCCCGAAGGACACUCUGCGCACUCGGACGCGUGGGCGCCUAUUGUGACACUGCUCAAAGCUGCAAAGUCGCGCGCCGCGCCGCCUCCCUUUCCACCAUGACCCUCGUCUUUCCACUCCCGCUCGCUGUCACUCUCUCUCCGUCUCGCGGCGAUGCGCCUCCCGCCAUCGAAUGUGCCAUCGUCUCCGAUCCUGAGCGCGCGGGAGUCGAUGAGGCCGACGCCAGCACUUGUCCAGGACGCGGGGUGUUCGUGGCGCGGGGCGCGGGAGUUGAUGCACCCGCUGCAUUGCUAUAGCGCGGCGGGAAAGUCACCGAUACGCCUCCAUCUGCCGGAACUGAACACCCGGCAGAGUCCUUUCGGGUGCAACGAGGCCGUCUAGCGUGUCUCCCGCAUGAUGUCGCCUUUUUUGUACUCCCAGAAACUUGGUACACGGCGCCGGACACGUCGCUGGCACCUUCACAGGUCGGGACAGGGCUCGCGCCAGGUCGUGGUCGUGUCUGACGCUGGGAGUGGAUGUUCUCCAGGCCUGCCAUACCCAUCCCAGUGCCUUCUCCGGAGUCCGUUUGGGAGAUCAGCCCUCAGCCUCUCCCGCGACGUACAUUCUCCCUUCGACACUGACCAAAACGAG